AUGAUGGAAUCAUCUGGUGGUGGAUUGCGGGAUACAUCUGUUGUUGUUGUUACACUUGAUACGAGUGAGGUAUAUAUAAUUGUGAGUUUGUCUUCUAGGAAUGACACUCAAGUGAUCUACAUUGAUCCGACAACCGGGUCUCUUAGACAUGAACAGAAGGUGGGUUAUGAUGUUUUUAAUUCCGAAGAUGAGGCAUUAAACUACAUCACAAAUGGUUCAAGGUCGAUUUACAAGACUAUAACCUAUGGCAAAGCCAUAUUAGGUUAUGCAGUGCUUGGGAGCUUCGGGUUGCUGCUUGUUGCAACAAAGUUGAAUGCUAGCAUUCCAAAUUUGCCUGGUGAUGGGUGUGUGUACACUGUUAGUGAGAGCCAAUGGAUCAAAGUCUUACUUCAAAAUCCCCAACCCCAAGGGAAAGGAGAAGUAAAAAAUAUUCAAGAACUUGCUGAACUUGAUAUUGAUGGAAAACACUACUUUUGUGAAACAAGGGAUAUAACACGACCUUUUCCAAGUCAUGCUUCUGUUCGUCACCCCGAUGAGGAAUUUGUUUGGAAUGGAUGGUUCUCGAGUCCUUUCAGACGAAUUGGUCUGGAGCAACACUGUGUCAUUUUACUGCAGGGUUUUGCAGAAUGUCGAAGUUUCGGAAGCUUAGGUCAGCAAGAAGGAAUUGUUGCUCUUAUAGCUCGUCGAAGCAGGCUUCAUCCUGGCACUCGAUACCUAGCAAGGGGCAUAAAUUCUUGUUACAGCACAGGCAAUGAAGUUGAGUGUGAGCAAGUUGUAUGGGUCCGAAAAAAGGGUGGUCAAAGUGUGGGUUUCAACACGUAUUUAUGGAGACGAGGCACUAUUCCCAUCUGGUGGGGUGCAGAACUGAAGAUGACAGCUGCAGAAGCAGAAAUUUAUGUUGCAGAGCGUGAUCCAUAUAAAGGAAGUGCAGAGUAUUACCAGAGACUAAGUAAGAGAUACGAUAAACGAGAUAUCCAAAAGAAAAGUCCAUUGGUUCCAAUUGUGUGCAUUAACCUGCUAAGGAAUGGAGAAGGGAAAUCAGAAGCCAUUCUUGUUCAUCAUUUUGAAGAAUCUAUGAAUCACAUCCGAUCAACCGGAAAACUUCCCAACACUAGGGUUCAUCUAAUAAAUUAUGACUGGCAUGCGACUAUUAAAUUAAAAGGGGAGCAACGGACAAUUGAAAGACUGUGGUACCUUCUAAAAGCACCAACAAUAUCCAUAGGCAUUUCUGAAGGGGAUUAUUUGCCCUCUCGUCACAGGAUGAAGGAUUGUCAGGGCGAAGUGAUUUACAAUGAUGAUGACCCUGUUGGUGCCUUCUGCUUACGCUCACAUCAGAAUGGAAUCAUACGCUUCAACUGUGCGGAUUCUUUGGAUCGAACAAAUGCUGCUAGCUAUUUUGGUGCUCUUCAAGUUUUCACAGAGCAGUGUAGACGCCUAGGAAUAUCUCUCGACACUGACUUGGCCAUUGGUUAUCAAUCAGCUAACAACUAUGGUGGAUAUACUGCACCUUUGCCUCCAGGAUGGGAAAAACGAUCUGAUGCUGUAACUGGAAAAUCAUAUUAUAUCGAUCACAAUACAAGGACCACCACUUGGAAUCACCCAUGUCCAGAUAAACCUUGGAAACGUUUUGACAUGACGUUUGAGGAGUUCAAAAGGUCUACAAUCUUGUCACCGGUUUGUCUGUUGGCUGACCUUUUUCUGCUAGCUGGUGAUAUUCAUGCCACAAUCUACACUGGAUCUAAAGCAAUGCAUAGUCAGAUUCUUACCAUAUUUACUGAUGAACCUGGAAAGUUCAAGCAGUUUUCUGUUGCACAGAAUGUGAAAAUCACGUUGCAGAGAAGAUAUAAAAACGCAAUUGUUGAUAGCUCUCGUCAGAAGCAGUUAGAGAUGUUCCUUGGACUACGCCUUUUCAAGCAUCUUCCAUCACUUCCACUCCAACCUUUACAUGUGCCUAGUAGACCAUUUGGCUGUGUUCUGAAGCCGGUUGCCAGCAUUUUGCCGAGUUCUGAUGACGGAGGCAGUCUUCUUAGCUUUAAGCAGAAAGACCUUAUCUGGGUUUGUCCACAGGCAGCAGAUGUAAUGGAAGUCUUUAUCCAUCUUGGAGAGCCUUGUCAUGUUUGUCAGCUUCUUCUAACAAUUUCACAUGGUGCAGAUAGUUCAACAUAUCCAUCAAGAGUUGAUGUGAGAACUGGACGUGAUCUAGAUGGGCUUAAACUUGUUGUGGAGGGAGCUUCUAUUCCUGAGUGUGCUAAUGGGACAAGCAUUGUGAUACCCAUACCAGGAGCUGUGAGUGAUGAGGAUAUGGCUGUGACAGGAGCAGGUGCACGUGUACAUGAUCAAGAUACAACCAAACUUCCAUUUUUAUAUGAUUUUGAAGAACUGGAGGGCGAAUUGGAUUUUCUAACUCGUGUGGUUGUACUCACAUUCUAUCCUGCUGUGUCAGCCAGAACCCCUAUCACACUUGGUCAGGUAGAGAUACUUGGAAUUUCUCUUCCAUGGAGAGACCUUUUUGCUUCUGAUAUGAGGUUAUGGGAACAUAUCAAUAAAAUCAAACAAGAUACUCAUACCAUUACCAUUACCAAUACCAAUACCAACCCUUUGUCAUCAUCUGAUGCAAACAGCAAUCCCUUUUCUACUGAUGAUAAUUCACUAAAAUCCCAAAAUUCCAGUACCUGGGUGGACCUGUUAUCGGGUGAUGACAUUAUAUCCGGAUCAGGAUCCGGAUCCAUUUCACAACCAGUGCAACAAACUGCUUUACAUGAUCCAUUUCUCAACCCAUUUCAUGAUGAUGAUGAGCCUCCUUCUCCUAAGGUCUCUGUACCUGUACAAACUGAAAGUGGUUCGCAACAGUAUAUAAGUUGUUUUAAGACAAUGACUCGCUCACACGUGGCUAAGAAAUUAGGGUUUGUAGAAGCCAUGAAACUAGAAAUGGAACGUCUUGGGCUGAAUCUAUCUGCUGCUGAAAGGGAUAGAGCUUUAUUAUCUAUUGGCAUCGAUCCAGCUACUAUAAAUCCAAAUGCACUCCUUGAAGAAUCUUACAUAUCUUCAUUAUGCCGGACUGCAAACGCCCUUGCACUUGUUGGUCACACUUAUUUAGAAGAUAAAACUGGUGGUGCUAUUGGGCUCGGUGGUAUUGCUACUGAUGACAUGGAUAUCGAUUUCUGGAAUAUUAAUAAAAUCGGUGAGGGUUGUUGUGGGGGAUCGUGUCAGGUUCGUGCCGAACCUUUAACAUCAACAUCAACAUCUUCUUCCAUGUUUUCGUGCUCUGAGUGUAGGCGCAAAGUUUGCAGAGGUUGUUGUGCUGGUAAAGGAGCUCUUCUUCUUCUUGUUGCUCAAGGAGAUGGUUGUUCAGAUGGGGGUGGUGUUAUUUGUAAGUUGUGUUGUCAUGAUACAGUUCUUGAUGCUCUCAUUUUGGACUAUGUUAGAGUUUUACUCACCCACCGAAGAAACACCCGAUGUGACCUUGCUGCUUACAAAGCUUUCCAUCAAGUCCUGGGACCAAAAACAAUGAUGAAGCCCCAGUCCGUGUCUCACAACACAAAUAAGCUCAACCACCAGUUACUCAAAGGACAGGAAUCAUUAGCUGAAUACCCAUUUGGCAGCAUUUUACACUCGGUUGAAUCGGCACCAGGUUCAGCACCACUGUUGUCGCUGCUAGCACCUUUGGAUAUUGAUGUAUUGGAUGAGUCAUACUGGAAAGCUCCUCAUACCACCUCUUCUGCUGAGUUUGUUGUUGUUCUUGGCAAUUUUUCAAAUGUCUCAGGCGUUAUCCUUGUUGUUAGUCCUUGUGGCUAUUCCAUAUCUGAUUCCCCUACUGUGCAAAUAUGGGCAAGCAACAAAAUACAGAAGGAAGAAAGAAGAAUUAUGGGAAAAUGGGAUGUGGGAUCACUCCUGACAUCUUACCCUGAGGUAUGUGGGCCUGAAAAACCUGGUAGUGGCAACCAAGUUCCAAGGCACAUUGAGUUUUCGUUUAAGAAUACCGUUUGUUGUCGCAUGAUCUGGAUUAAACUAAGUAUUCAAAAAGCGGGAACAAUCUCAAGCUCAAGCUCUGUAAAUUUUGACCUUCUAUCCUUGGAUGAAAAUCCUUUCUAUGACUACAAUAGGCGUUCCUCUUUAGGAGGACCAUUGGAAAUGGAUCCAUGUUUGCAUGCUAAAAGAAUUAUUGUGGUUGGAAGUCCAGUGAAAACAUCUGCAAAAACUUCUACUGACCAUGUUAGCCUCAAAAACUGGUUGGAUAAACCUCCACCCCUCAACAGAUUCAAGGUUCCAGUUGAGGGUGAGAGGUUGAUUGAGAAUGAGCUGGUGUUGGAACAAUAUAUGUCUCCAGCCUCACCAAUGCUGGCAGGAUUCCGCCUUGAUGGCUUUUCUGCAAUAAAACCUCGAGUUACCCAUUCACCUUCUUCUCAUGAUCAUGAUCAUCUAUCACCUUUUUGGGAAAAUAGAUUUAUAUCGGCACCCGUACUAUACAUUCAAGUAUCCGCUUUACAGGAGAAUCGGAACAUGGUGGUAGUUGGAGAAUACCGGUUACCGGAGGUGAAGGGUGGGACCCCCAUGUACUUUGAUUUUCCUAGACCUGUCAACAGUCGGCGAGUCUGUUUUCGACUAUUUGGGGAUGUUACAUCAUUUGCAGAUGAUCCCACAGAUCAGGAUGAUUCUGAUUUGAAAGGUCGCCCCCCAUUGGCUACAGGGCUCUCUUUAUCCAACCGAAUUAAGCUUUACUACUAUGCUGAUCCCUAUGAGCUUGGGAAAUGGGCUAGCCUUUCUGCUGUUUAACUUGCUUCUAUCUUCUUUAUCCCUAGAAAAAAAAAAAAAAAAAAAAAACUCAUCUCAUUCAUUGUUGUAAUGUUGUGUAAAUUUCUUUAUUUUUUGUGUUUUUGUUUGGCGGGAUUUUAUCUAUUAAGCCUGGAGUUGUAAUUGGUUUCGUCUGUUUUCCUCCCAACUCCAAAUAUGAGGUUUGCUUAAAUUGGGCGAUUCUGUUUCAAACUAACAUCUCAAAUGAUGUUCCUCUGGAAGGAUGCUAGGGUCAUGAAAGAAUAACUAUUAAUUAUAUUUGUG